AUGGUUGCCGCGGCGAGAACGUGGUCGACCGACAAGCGCGGCUCGCCCUCAUUCCACCAGGAAAACCCUGUCGGACGCCAUACAAUUACGACGCUUCAUACAUACCUGAAGCCUUCCAGAUACUAUUGUGCCAGACCUGGUCCCCGUCGGUCGAUCCCCCGAGUUAAUGCGACCGCUUCAAUCCAGGCCCAGGCCCUGGUUUCACAGCCAAAGACAAACCUUUCCCACUCGCAACGGCAAGGUUUGCUCUCACCGGACACAGACAGUCUUGAUGCGGCGCACUGCAUUGAUGGCGAUGCAGUGCUCUGUGUCGUUCUGUUCGUGGCGCUGAUGGGCUACCGUGUUCGUAUCCGGCUCUUGGCUUUUCGUUUCCGGUGGUCGUCUCAUUCUCGUGUUUCGGAACAAGCCACAGCACCUGUCCGCUGUUCCUUACAGUGUUGUCAUCCGACCGUAGCUCCGUCACGGCUCGUUGCAAUGUGGAAGAUGUUGGGAUGCCGCAGCAGCCCACUUGCAGCCGCCCAACAUGAUCGCGAUUGCAUGGCACCGGCAAGCUCUGGACCGUACUCGGCAAUGCUCCAUCCAUUGUUGCGAAAUGAAACUUUGAUUGCUGGUUUGCGUGCAAGUGUUUAUCGGUCCGCAACUUUGCUCAUAUCGUUCCUACGUACAGUAUCAAGCACGGAUGUUGAAAUGACAACAUCAAGGGCUGUUGAUGAUGCCAGCGUUCAUCAGAACAACUUGGAGCGAUCUGAGACCGAGCUGAAUGUCGGUGCUGCUGCUGCUCUGCUUGCCGGAGCGCCUGACAGCGCCGAUGUGCUUUCAAAUAUCAUUGCUCUCAUGUCAUCGGAACAGCUCUCGACCUCAACAGGUUCAGCGACGGGAGACACUCCUAUCCUCGACAAUACUCACCAACAGAUCAAGAACGUUGGUCUCGAAGGCGUCGCGUACGCUGCUGAGCUUCUCCUCAAGCUAAAGAAUCCGGACGACCCUACUUGUGCAAACAUGCCCAUGUCGAAUCUCAACGAUGGCACCUUUCAAGCUGGCGCCGGCAUCGCCAGGAAGCGCGGCCUUCCUUACUCUCGCACCGACGCCGAGAUGAACCAAGCCGCGCUCAACGGUUCUGGCGGCAACUUCUACAUCUCUGCCCCUCACCCCGCGCGACUUUUCCCAACUGCCAUGCACGAGUUUAGGAAGGGAAAGUACGCGACCACUGGAGGAGACCGUGGCUUCAUGACGGGUAAGUACAAGGCUAACGUCGUCGUCGUACCUCGACCUCUGAAACUGACAUCGCUCACUUCACUCUUUGGUCGGGUCAAAGUAUUCGAGUACGACGUGCGAGGUCAUACAAUGAUGAUCGACGUCGACACCUCUUUCGUUCGCUUCACCUCCAUUACUCAGGCCCUCGGCAAGAACAAAGUCAAUUUUGGACGACUGGUGCGCACAUGCCCUGCCCUCGAUCCACACAUCACCAAGCUCAAGGGCGGAUACCUGAGCAUCCAGGGCACCUGGCUCCCUUACGACCUGGCCAAAGAGCUGUCGCGACGCAUCGCUUGGGAGAUCCGAGACCACCUCGUUCCGCUGUUUGGCUACGACUUCCCUUCGACAUGCUUGCGACCUGACUCGGAAGGCUUUGGUCAGCUCGCCAUCGGCAUGUCGCAGAAGCGAGCUCGGAAGCGCCACAACAAUGGCGGUCCUCAUCAGACAUCAUGCUACGGUCCUAGUCUGCCGAUCUCGGUCGUGGGUGGGCAAACCGUCGAACACGCUCCCAGCAGCAAGAGCGGUCUGGUGCAGCCAUCGUAUGGGUCUUCGCAGCCGGCCACCUUCCACUACAGUAAAGGAUAUGGUAUGGAAGGACGUCAGUGGUACGGACAGGACUAUCUCGCGCCGAACAAUUUGGAGGGCAUGAUGUGGCCAUCGAGCGACGGAUCGACGGGCUUGCAGGUGCCGCUGGCAGCACCGAGCGGAGCCUGCACAUCGCCGUCGCUGACUGGACUCGGACCUGGUAGCGGCUCGCCGAUCCUUUCUUCUCCACCAUCGUCCAACGCGUCUUCUUCGUCGUCUGGCCAGACUUAUGCUCCGAACUAUAUGUUGAUGGUGCCACCUACGGUCCCUUCGCACUCUAUGGGCGGCGAACCUAGUGUCAGCCACACGGAGGGCUCUGCGUCCACCGAAGAUACGCGCAGCUACGGUGGGUUGGCGGGCCACGGUUAUCCGACGACCUACACUGAUGCCAAUACUCAGCUUUCAGCGUGGAGCGAGCCGGCUCACUCGACCUACGUGAAAUCCUCGCCUACGCCUCCGCCGCCGGCUCCUCACGGUGGCUCCUCUUUUGCGUUCGACUCGUGGCAGCAGUCGACACCUUCUUCGUAG